UGCGUCACCGUCACUGCCUGCUUAACGGCCUGUCGUGCUCCACUUAUCGGCCAGCAUGUCGGCCGGGGGAUCUGAAGCCGCUACGGAGCUGGAAGCGACAGACGAGAAGUCAGAGGCUGAGGAGGAGCAAGAGGAACCUAGAGAAGCGGCUCACGGCAGCAAGAAGCGGGUGGUGCCAGGUAUCGUGUACCUGGGUCACAUUCCCCCGCGCUUCCGACCCUUACACGUACGCAACCUCCUUAGCGCCUAUGGGGAGGUCGGGCGCGUGUUUUUUCAGGCUGAAGACAGGUUUGUGAGACGCAAGAAGAAGGCAGCAGUGGCCUCAGGAGGAAAGAAGGGAUCCAAGUACAGCAAGGACUAUACCGAGGGCUGGGUGGAGUUCCGGGAUAAGCGCAUAGCCAAGCGCGUGGCUGCAAGUUUGCACAACACACCCAUGGGUUCCCGCAGGCGCAGCCCCUUCCGCUAUGACCUGUGGAACCUCAAGUACUUGCACCGUUUUACUUGGUCUCACCUCAGUGAACACCUUGCCUUUGAGCGCCAGGUACGCAGGCAGCGCCUGAGAGCCGAGGUUGCCCAAGCCAAGCGUGAGACUGACUUCUAUCUUCGGAGCGUGGAGCGCGGACAACACUUCCUUGCUGCUGAUGGGGACCCUGCUCGCCCAGACAGCUCCUGGACUUUUGCCCAGCGUCCCACUGAGCAGGAGCUGAGAGCCCGGAAAGCAGCACGGCCAGGAGGGCGUGAACGGGCUCGCCUGGCUACUGUUCAGGAACAGGCCCGCUCCAACAGAGGGCUCCUUGCUAGGAUCUUUGGAGCGCCACCACCAUCAGAGAAUACAGAGGGACCUUCUCCAGUGAAGGACUCCUGAGGGGCAGGAAGGCUCCUUUAUCUCCUGGCCCUGCUUCCUGCCUACCUUAUAUGAGAUGGACUGCCCAGUCAGACAUUUUCUGUGUGAGGGACCAGAAGUCUUUGAUGAGGACCCCAGUGUGGAAGUUUUGUGGGCCUCAUUGUCCCUCUUGUUCAACUUCUGUAAGUGCCUGGCUGAGGCACCUUAUUCAUACUAGUGUGACUGUGACUGUUGCAGAUGCCGGUUUUAUUUGUUUGACUUUUGAUUGCCUGUCUGUUGCCCAGUGGAGUCCUCUAAAAAGCCCAUGCUUGGCCCAGCUGUGGGCUUUAUUUCCAGCUAGAGUGAUAAUGGCCUAGCAUUCUUGUGUUAUUUAUUGACACAAGUAAGGCAGCAGCAACAUCAUUUUUAUUUAGAAAAUCUUAACAGGAAUAAGAGAUAAUGGGUUGGAUUGGGUUGAGACUUUCUCUAAAUAUAUUUAUGAAAAAUAAAAUAAUAUUUUUUGUAUGCUUA